AUGUGCAUAGCCUGGAUUUCCAAGUUGUCAAAAAUAUUUAAAAAAAAACCUCAGAAAAUUUCAGACUUUGCUGGUGCAAACUUUGUUUGGCCUCCAACAAUGAAUGUUCAUGAGUAUGGUCUAGUUUUUGAUUACAUUAUUGAUCCUGAGUGGAACCCAUAUAUUACUUAUUCAUGGAAAUAUGGAAAUGAGAUAUCAUCAGAAGAAUAUGAAAAACUUAUGAAAGAAUAUCCAGGAUGUUUCUAUAUACCCAUUGUUGAGUAUCCUGUUGUAAUAUGCAAAUUCACAAUAAAUUAUGAUCAUACAAGAAAAGAGCGGCAGGAAGGUUGGCAAUUACAUACUACUUAUUCUGUUGAAUAUGGUAAUGGUGUAAAAAUUAUUAAAGUUUCAAGAUCCUGGUCUGGUUUGUAUGCUUAUAUGAUGGGACCAAUUGGCCAAACUGGAUUAUGA